CUUAUGUGAAAAAGCGAGAUCUCGUUUUCUAAGAACAUAAGGAAUUUUCUCUAUAAUCUAAUAUUAUCGAAUAAUGAAGUGGUUACAUUUAUAACAUUUUUUUCAAAUAUUUGAUUUAUCACUAGUUUGUAUUUGAUCAAGGUUCGUAAUCUAGUAAACUAUAAGCCAACUUUCCCCAAAGCGUUCUCUUCUUAUUUUUGACUGGUUCCUUUUUCCGCAUUUUACAAUUUACUGAAUAAUAGCAUUUUAUUCAAUUUAAUUUUUCAGAAUUAAAGAAACUCACAUUAUGGAAGCCGAAGCAGAUUUAAAAAAAAGCAUCGUCGCAAAAUUAAUAGAGCAGUUCUAUCAGCAAUUAACAACUGGCUGUGGGAGGGAGACUUGCACUACACCUAUGUGUGCUUCCAAUAAGAACUUUAAUUUGCGUUUGGAACCAUCCGAAGCGGCUUUAAAAGCUAUAGAAUUAGUAAAGAACAAAGCUGAUAGAUGCUCUUACAUUACAGCAAAGGCAAGUGAUGACUCUUUGAGUACUACGUCAAUAUCACAACCAGAAGAUAUUGUUGGAAAGUCCGAUGUAUUUGAAAGCGAACCACUUGCAAGCAAAGUUGCCAAACUAUCACCCUGCACUAAUACGUCCAAUUAUGAUUUCCUCGGCGAAAAAUUGAUACUUAAAAUUCUAGAAAACAAAGAGAAAACAACUUAUAGUAAAUUGAAGGAUAUAUUGUAUAAUGCAUUUUCAACUCUGGAUAAUCUUUGUAAUAGCUUUCUACCAAGCGAAGAAAUCAAUGAGGCUGAUUAUAAAAGAAUGGAAAUUGAUGAAGAAGAAGAAGAGAUUGAUAAAGAAAUUGGCUUUCGUAUAGAUGUUGCAAGCCUUAGACGAAGCUAUGACGACUUGUUAAAACUUGAUGCAAGUAACUAUAUGCCAUCUAUUAUACACGGUCUGGAGCAAUUAAGUACUUCUCUUCCAAUAACUUUUAAGACGAGUAAAAUGCCCUCGAAGCUCUCUUCAAAAAUAGCUCAUGCUUUCGUCGUUAUAUUAGAAUUACCAUUCAUGCAGGUGCAUGAUUGUUUGGAAGAUGGCUUAAAAAGUAUAUGCAAAGUCGCCGCCAAUCUACCUCUUCCAGUUCAAGAACGGCUCGCAAGAUUUUACGCUCUCUCAGAGCCGUCAAAACGUUUGGAAUCCUUAAUACAAACACUUCUACAAUAUAUAACACUAAAAGUUCUCAGCAAUGAAAGAAACGUUGCAAGUGACUUAAGCGUCCAGGGAGCAACUGUAGUAAUGAAAUGCUUUUAUUAUGCUUCAAUUUUAGGGGGAGAAUGCGACGAUCCAAAAUUGCUAAUAGCCGAAACAUCUGCUUUAGAGAAUGAAUCUAAUUCUUCAGGUUUUGCACCUAAGACCAAUAAACAAUCUUCAGUAAAAGAUGACCCUUUGUCGUCUGCUUUAAAAGUCAAACCUAUAAACUGUAAAAAACCAUUGAUAAACUAUGAUUGCUUUAUUAAUGAACCUUUAAGCGAUGCGUUACAAUUGGACAAUGACUAUCUUGAGUACAAGCAGGACAAAUUUUCUUUUUAUGCUCAUUCUUUUAUAUUAACAACGACUGCUAAAGUAACGCAAAUGUUUUAUGAAAACAAAUGGACUAUGUUGAACGAAAGGAGGCAAGCCUUAAUCAACACUCUCUUUCAGAGUGUCCCAGUGAUGCCCUAUUUAAAAUUACAUGUUCGAAGAGAGCACAUUGUGGACGAUGCCCUAGUUGCUUUAGAAGCUUCAGCAACAGAAGAUCCAUCAGAAUUAAGAAAGCAGUUAUAUGUGGAAUUUGAAGGUGAACAAGGUAUUGAUGAAGGAGGCUUAAGCAAAGAAUUUUUUCAACUUAUUUGCGCUCAAUUGUUCAAUCCUGACUACGGAAUGUUUAUUUAUUCUGAGGAAACACGAACUUAUUUCUUUAACCCAUCGUCGUUCGAAAAUGACGCCCAGUUCACAUUAAUAGGAAUAGUAUUAGGGCUUGCAAUUUAUAACAACAUAAUAUUAGAUAUUCGAUUCCCACCUGUUGUCUAUCGAAAAUUGAUGGGAAAGUUAGGUACACUAUCGGAUUUAAGUGGGGUUUACCCGGUGAUAUCUUCCUCUCUUAAGCAAUUGCUGGUUUAUGAAGGAGAUGUAGAGAAUGAUUUUAUUCAACCCUUCUGCAUUACUUACGAUGAUCUCUUUGAUGGAAGACCAACUGUGGAUUUGAAAGAGGGAGGUUGUAAUAUAUUGGUUAAUAAUGAAAAUAGAGAGGAGUUUGUUGAACUGUAUACGGACUUUCUUUUAAAUAAAAGAAUUGAGAGACAAUUUGCGGCGUUUAGAAGAGGGUUCAAACUUGUCACGGAUGAAAGUCCGCUAAGUACAUUAUUCAGGCCAGAAGAAGUUGAACUUUUGAUUUGCGGAAGCGAGGAUUUUAAUUUUGAAGAACUAGAGAAGACCACAGAAUACGACGGAGGUUAUGAUCAACAAUCUGACACUAUACGUCAUUUCUGGGAAUUGGUUCAUCAAGAAUUCACGGAAGAGCAAAAGAAGCAGUUAUUGCAGUUUACUACGGGUUCUGACCGAGUACCGGUUGGGGGUUUGUCAAAACUAAAAUUGAUUAUCGCUCGAAAUGGACCAGAUUCAGAUAGAUUACCGACGGCACAUACGUGCUUCAAUGUUUUGCUAAUACCUGAUUAUAAGAGAAAGGAUAAACUUCGUGAACGACUAUUAAAAGCUAUUAUUCAUACUAAAGGCUUUGGAAUGUUGUGA